CAGCGAAGGAGGCUGGGUUCAUUUCUCUCAUGUCUUUAUUGUCUUCUUUGUCUCCUCCCUCCUGCAACUUUCCUUUUCUGUACUUGACUUUGCUCAAAUGCACUAAAAAAGUCACACUUGCCAACUUCUUCCAAGUGAGAGAAGAUAACUGCACACUCAAAGCUCGCAGGAAGCUGAAGAUGGCUCCGAUGUUGGAUGAGAGCGGCGGAGAAGCUGUGACGGCGCUGCUGCUGUCUUGCGUCGCCCUCCUGCUCUCCGUCCAAGUCUGGCGUUGGCUCCAGCAGCGUCCGCUCCUGGGCGUCCCGGGCCCCUUUUCCUGGCCCGUCGUCGGGAACGCGGCGCAGCUCGGGAGCGCGCCGCACUUGUACUUCAUGCGCAUGGUGGAGAAAUACGGCAACGUCUUCCAGAUCAAACUGGGCUCCCAAAUCGUGGUGGUCCUGAACGGGAGCGCCAUCAAGCAGGCGCUCAUCAACCAAGGCCCGGAGUUCUCCGGGAGACCGGACUUCGCCUCCUUCCGGUACAUCUCCAACGGCGACGGGCUGGCCUUCAACACCACGUCGGACUGGUGGAAGCAACACCGCAGGGUAGCCCACUCCACCGUCAGGAUGUUCUCCACGGGGAACCAGCUGACCAAGACCACCUUCAAGCAGCACAUCCUGUGCGAGUUCAAGGAGCUCCUGCACCUUUUUCUGACCAAGUCCCAGGACAGGCGACACUUUGACCCCAUGACCUACCUGGUGGUGUCCACCGCCAACAUCAUGAGCGCCGUGUGCUUCGGGAAGAGGUACUCCUAUGAGGACGCCGAGUUCAGGCAGGUGGUGGGCAGGAACAGCCAGUUCACUGAGACCGUGGGCGCCGGGAGCAUCGUGGACGUCAUGCCCUGGCUGCAGUACUUCCCCAACCCCAUCAAAACCAUGUUUGACAACUUUAAGACCCUCAACAGGGAGUUUACAGACUUUAUUAUGGAAAAAGUGAGAGAACACAGAAAGAGCAUCCAGUCCAGCACCACCAGGGACAUGACGGACGCUCUCAUCGUGGCCUUGGACAAACUGCAACAUAAAAGUGACUUCUUGUCGGAAAAAGACUUUGUCUCAGCGACUGUUGCAGAUAUUUUUGGUGCGAGUCAAGAUACUUUGUCUACAUCCUUGCAAUGGAUCAUCCUCAUCCUUGUCAAGUACCCUGAGAUACAGCUGCGUCUCCAGGAAGAAGUGGACAAGGUGGUGGACCGCAGCCAUCUCCCGUCUAUCGAGGACCAGUCUCGGCUACCCUACGUCAUGGCCUUCAUCUACGAGGUGAUGCGCUUCACCAGCUUUGUGCCGCUCACCAUCCCCCACUCCACCACCGCACACACCUCCUUCAACGGAUACAGCAUACCCAAGAACACUGUUGUGUUUGUGAACCAGUGGUCCUCCAAUCACAAUCCCACCAUCUGGGCCAACCCAGAGCAGUUCGACCCACAGCGUUUCCUGCACCCCAAUGGAGACCUGAACAAGGACAUGUGCAACUUUGUGCUUAUCUUCUCCAUGGGAAAGCGGCGCUGCAUCGGCGAGGAGCUGUCCAAGUUCCACCUCUUCCUCUUCACAGCCCUGCUUGUCCACCAGUGCCACAUCAGCACAGACCCAACCAGACCGCCCGACCUGGGCUACACCUAUGGUCUGACUCUGAAACCCAACCCUUUCUUGAUAACGGUCUCCCUGAGGGAUGACAUGAAGCUGCUGGAAGAUAUAACCAGUCAGGUUAUUGCUGAGGACAUCAAGGUCAAUCCCUCGGACCCUUAAAAAAAUAACCAAAAAAAAAGAAUAUGAAGGGGGAAAAAUAAACUAAAUGUAGGAUUCAGCAAAAUGUGUACUUGGUGUGUGGAAUAAAACGUGAUAUCGGGUCAGUCACAGACUCAUGACUCUGGACAUUAUAGCUCGGACUUACAGGAAAAGUCUUCAUCUCAGGGGAGGACAAGACGGACGUGCAGACAUGCCAGUGUGCUCCUGUUGUUGUUGUUGUUACUUUAUAGAUAAUGUCCACUUUGCAGGAGUCCUUCUGAUGCAAGGUCCUGCCCAACAGCGGCAAGCAAGCACAUACUGUAAGUUUAAGGAGUAUUUCUUUGCCCUCAUGACAGAUGUCAGUGGGUCUGCUUUGUGCCAAUCAAUCAUGUCAAAGAUUAUCCGGAGUAAGUGCUCCGUGAUGCCAAAAGUAAACUGAUUUGAAAGCUACAAAGAGCCAUUGUGUGCAUGCAUGCAAUUCCUUUCAAACACUUGUACAGUGGAAUCUUCAUAUUGCGAAUUAAAAGCUCCCGCUGAAGUCCACCUUAACAAACACGGUUGAUGGCUUUUGUCAACGUACCAUCUUGAGAGCCAAAGUCCAUUUAUGCUGACUUGUGGUGAUAACUUGAUGAUCACAAACUAGCAGCAACAUAACUGCUGUCUACUUAAGCUACACGGCAUCAAAACAUGCACACAGGGACUUCCUGUUCAAUCCAAAAUAAGCUUCAAAAUAAAAACUUGGGAGUAUUAA